GACGGGACCGGACAGUACCUGUGGUGUCCUCUCUUCCAGCCGGUGUCUGCCCCGCCAUGCCGCCCCACGUGGGGGUGUCCCUCCCGCGCCUGGUCUGUGCCGUGGCCUCCCGCCGGCCGGCUCCCUGGAGGCCCGGAGGACACAGCCCCCUGCACACAGGCCCGGCAGCCCGCGGCAACAGAAGUGCUCCUGUGUUCACCCGCGCCCUCGCCUUUGGGGACAGAGUCGCCCUCGCUGACCAGCACGGCAGCCACACCUACAGGGACCUGUACUCCCGCAGCCUCAGCCUGGCCCGGGAGAUCUGCAGGCUCCGUGCGUGCACCGACGGGGACCUCCGGGAGGAGAGGGUCUCCUUCCUGUGCUCCAACGACGUCUCCUACGUGGUGGCACAGUGGGCCUCGUGGAUGAGUGGGGGCACCGCCGUCCCCCUCUACAGAAAGCACCCCCGGGCCGAGCUGGAGUACUUCAUCCAGGACUCCCGCAGCUCCGUGGUCCUCGCUGGGCAGGAGCACGUGGAGCUGCUGAGCCCGGUGGUCAGGAAGCUGGGGGUCCCGCUCCUGCCCCUCCCACCCACAGUCUACUGUGGGGCGGACAAGGACCCCGGGGAGGAGCAGGUGCCGGAGCGGGACUGGAGAGACCGGGGUGCCAUGAUCAUCUACACCAGCGGGACCACGGGGAGGCCCAAGGGCGUCGUGAUCACCCACCACAACAUCUGGGCCACGGUGACGGGGCUGGUCCACAAGUGGGCGUGGACGAAGGAUGACGUGAUCCUCCACGUGCUCCCACUGCACCACGUCCACGGCGUGGUCAACAAGCUGCUGUGUCCUCUCUGGGUGGGGGCCACCUGCGUGAUGCUGCCCGAGUUCAGUGCUCAGCUGGUUUGGGAAAAGUUCCUGAGUUCUCAGAGUCCACGGGUGAACGUGUUCAUGGCCGUGCCGACCAUAUACAGCAAGCUGAUGGAUUAUCACGACAGACACUUCAGCCAGCCUCACGUCCGGGACUUCGUGCGCGCGGUCUGUGAGGAAAACAUUAGGUUGAUGGUCUCGGGGUCAGCUGCGCUGCCCCUGCCCGUGCUGGAGAAGUGGAAGUGUGCCACCGGCCACACCCUGCUGGAGAGGUACGGGAUGACGGAGAUUGGCAUGGCCCUGUCCAACCCCCUGGCCACAGCUCGCCUGCCAGUGGCCGUGGGGACUCCGUGCAGCCAGCACCUGCCCUCACCUCUGCAGGCUCCCCGUUGGCUUGUCUGCUGGCCCACCACACUGGUGAACAUGCUGAGCAAACACCUAACAGGGUCCGUGGGGACCCCGCUGCCUGGCGUCGAGGUGCGCAUUGUCUCAGAAAACCUGCAGAAGGACGGCUGCCCUUACAUCGUCCACGCGGAAGGGAAUGAGACAGAGACCAGGGUGACCCCCGGCUUCGAGGAGGUGGAGGGGGAGCUCCUCGUCAGGGGGCCCUCCGUGUUCCAUGGGUACUGGGAUAAACCCGAAGAGACGAAAAACGCCUUCACCUCAGGCGGCUGGUUCAAAACAGCCCUCCUGCUGCUCAGGUUCUAGCCCCAGGAGGGCCGCGUCCAGCCAGCUUCUCCUCAGUGGCCUCCCGCGUGUGGACGGGAGGAGAGAGGCCGCCCCUCCUGCUCUGGCCACGACCACCCUCCUGCCCACAAGAAGCCUGGGGCCCAACAGCAGGGGGCUCACUGCUAGGCCCAGGUGUCUCGGCUGCUGCUCAGGGAGGGAGUCAGAGCUCUCCCUCCAGAAAGGCCCCUGACAGCGACACAGACCACGUUCCCCUGAGCACCACUGGGCCCAGGCCUGGAGAGAGUCUGUUCAACACACACACGGGCCCCCGAGCCUGCCUGGGGCCGGGAGCGAUGUCAGGACCCGGCUCCUCAGGGCUGAACACUGACCCUGCAGUCAGUGCUGAGGACACGGGAUGGAUGCGGGGACACGGAUGCAGCUUCUGUUGCCUUCUUGGUGCUUUAAAGCAGCUGGGAACUGGACCCGAGGAAACAGAACCAGCAUCUCUGACUCACUCUGAAGAUCUCAUCACAUGGUUGAAUGUUAAAAGCGACGUGGUGUAAAACCAUUCCUACCUAAUGACAAACGAGGGCGUUGGUAGAAGGCGUUGAAAAGCACCGAUAGAAAACCCACCAGCACAGUAACGGGGGCGUCUCGGUGCUGAGUUUCCUCUUUUUCUCCCACAACAAGCACGUAAUAUUACCAGAAAAAAACAUGAAAGGCUAUUUAAGGUAAAAAAAAAAA